AUGGUCCUGUAUAGCGUGUAUAUUAUCAAUAAAGCUGGUAGUUUAAUUUAUAAUUAUGAUCAUGUCACACCACGAACCGAGGUCGAAAAAACAUUUAGUUACCCAUUAGAGAUGGUUUUACGCGAAGAUGAAAGAUUAACUGUGGCUUAUGGAGAGAGAGAUGGUAUCAAGAUUGGCUAUUCUGUAAUUGCUGUCAAUGGUGAAAAUGUAAGCGGUCGAAAGAUGCUAGAUGGUACUCCUAUUAUAGCUUACUUGCAAAAUGCCGACAAUUUUCCAUUAAAUAUUCGCUUCGGUAAACCUAAGCUAUCCGUCAAUGAGAAAAUUACCUUGGCUAGUACCUUUCAUUCAAUGUAUGCUAUCGCCUGCAAAUUAUCCCCUGUCUCAAAUUCUUCCGGUAUUGAAGUAUUGGAGACUGGAACAUUUCGAUUGUGGUGCUAUCAAACAUUAACAGGAAUUAAAUUUGUCGUUAUAACUGAUCAACACCAAUCAAGUGUUCAACCGUUGCUGCGAAAAAUUUAUGAAAUCUACACUGACUACGCACUCAAGAAUCCCUUUUAUUCCUUAGACAUGCCUAUUAGGUUAGAAUUAUUUGAUCUCAAUUUACAACGUACCUUGGAAGCAGCGGAAAAGAAUCAACAAUAUAAUGCUAAUAUACCAACUAAUACUAUAUAA